AUGUCAAUGACAUAGUUAGGAGCAGGUGGACAUUAUUAAAUGGGUGAUAACUCAUUGCUGUCAACAAUCCCGAUGAACUAAAAUCAAAAUGGGCCAGUCCUUAAAAUUUAUGUGACAAUGAGAAAGGAUUAUGAGAGUGAUAUUGAUUACAAAAGACUUACUCUCAUGAUAGAGAGUAAUGCUCGAAUAGCAGAUUUAAAGAGAAAAAUCGAAAAAGAGUUUACUGAUCUAUUUCCAAACGAACCUCCAUUUGUUACUGCUAAACUUGAGGAUGAAUACGGUUAUUCUCUUAGUAACUCAUCAAGAGUUGGCGAUUUCUUAAAGUAUGGCGAUAGAGUCGUUGCAUAACCUGAACUCUUACUAGACCCCUCAAGAAGAUAACAAGAUCCAUCAGGUUAAUUGAACCUUCAUGGAGGGUCUAAUACUGAAGAGCUGAUUAUAAUGUUGAAAAAUCUCUAGCAGACUAUUGUGAAUAAAAUAGCUAUGAGCUAAAUACAAGAAUAUCCUAAUACGGUUCAGCUACUAGAGCUGAUUAUUCCUCUAGGUUUCAACCCGAACAAAUAAGUUAUUCAUAACAUCUGCCUUAUUCUUUCUAGAGCUAUUGACUUCUAAAAUGUGAGACUUUUUGAUGAUCCUAUAAAUAGAAAUCUGCUUGAGCUUAUUUUGUUGAUGGUUUAGCUAUGGAUAACCGAUUAUGUAGAGCAAGAUAGCUUCAUUCUAGGGUCUGUUGUGGAGCUAAUUGAAAUUCUGAUACACUCAGCUCAGUUUUGGGCUACAUUUAAAACAAUGCCUGUAACUGCCAGGCUUCUAAACAUGUCAAAGAGGCCAAGUAUAAAUGCCUUUGUAAAAACUAAAAUUAUAUCUAUUGUUACAGCUAUCUCAAAACCAAGCCAUAAUAUGGUAAGACCACCAUCACCUAGCUAAUAAAGAAAUGUUGCAAUGAAUAUGAGAUAAAACCAGACAGAAGAAAGUAAAAUGGGCGGGACAUCUCUAUCUUAUGAACUUGACACAGCUUACAGAAAUCCUUAGUCUUUCUAAAUGCCUUAACAAUAAGAUACUAGUGCAAUGAGACAGCAGACUGGAAUAAAUAAAUCUUAUAAUGAUAGGUUAACUCAGUCUAGAGAUAGGACAAGAAUUAUUUUACCUUAUCAAAAUUAUGAUCCUCAUUAGCCUGUAGUUUCAUAAACAUUUAAUAGAAUCAUUGAUCAGUAAAAUAAUAUGGAAAUUUAGUAAAGAAGACCUCCAUCAAACGAUACUUAUAACAGACCUAUCGAUUAGCUUUAGGCUAGAAGUAACUUCCAAGAUCCGAGUGUAUUUGAUAGACACUAAAAUAUGACUGAUAAGAUCAGCGUGCCAUUAAAUGAUAGUCUAAUUGGGGAUUAUUGUCAAAUGCUUACACCUGAGAAUACUAAAGAAAUUCAAUGCUUCGCACUUUAAUCUCUAGACCCAAUGAUAGAUGAUGUUAUUCGAAGAAUCAUGGGAAGCACUGACUUGCUAAUGUCUGUGUUCGCUAUCAUUGAUUAUCUCAAUUUCCCUUUUGAAAUCCAGUAGUCACAGUUCAAGAUACUAUAAAAGAUAGCAGAUACCAUGAAUGAAGCAAGAGCAAUGGAUAUAAUAAAAAGAAACGGCUUAUCAAGAUUGAUAAAUGUAUUUACUAAGCACAAUCCAAGAUUCUAGCCAGUCAUUUCACAUUUGAUCUAGAAGAUAGUCUAGCAUGGAAAGAAAAACUUUGAUGUGAAGAGUCUGUUCGCACUAACACAAACUAGUUUGCCGAACAUUCAGGAAUUAGGCAUCAAAUCAUUAGUAUAACUAUCAGAGAAUAAAGAAGAAUCAAAAGUUAAUUAGGAGUAUUUAAGGAGCAUUGAUGCAGAAUUUGAAAAUUUCAUUCCCCAUCUUAUUGACAUGAGCAAGAAUUAGCAAAAGUAUUCAGAUGAUAUGAGGUUGAGUGCACUUUAAGUCCUAGCCAAUCUCUCAUUGAGAGAUUACCUGAGACCUUAAAUCUUUUCUCACAAAGGCAUGGAAUUAUUCCUUGAACAUAUCAGAAAAAUUAACCCGUCCAUGUAAACACUGCAAUAAAAUGAGGCAAUGAGAGUAGCAGCUAAAGGACUGGUGAAUUUGGUUUCAAAUAGAAGAGACUUAAGACUUUAAGUUGUGGCUGAACUAACCGAUGAGAUUAAGAAGAUAUAUAGAAAUGAAUUAGAUCCAAUUGUAGCAGCCUAUAUUCAAACUCUUUUGCAUCAAACACCCUCAUGA